AUGCUGAGGUCUGCUCUUCGUCCGAGCGUCUCUGCUACAACUGUGCGACACGAAUCCAGCAGCUGCCCGCGUCCUCGUACCACCGAGACCAAGCAAUGCUACAACUGCCAGGGUCUCGGCCACGUUCAGGCCGAUUGCCCUACGCUCCGUUUGAACGGUGCUAACGGCCGUUGCUACAAUUGCAGCCAGCCGGGCCACCUUGCCCGCAACUGCCCUGCCCCCGCUUCCGGUGCCGGUGCCCCUGCUGGCCGUGGUGUCGGUGCUCCUCGUGGUGGCUUCAACGGUGGUUUCCGCGGUGGAUACGGCGGUUACCCUCGCGCUGCCACUUGCUACAAGUGCGGUGGUCCCAACCACUUCGCUCGUGACUGCCAGGCUCAGGCCAUGAAGUGCUACGCUUGCGGCAAGCUUGGCCACAUCUCCCGUGACUGCACUGCUCCCAACGGUGGCCCCUUGAGCUCUGCUGGCAAGGUUUGCUACAAGUGCGCCCAGGCCGGUCACAUCUCUCGGGAUUGCCCCAACAACGAGGCCUCUGCUCAGCCUGCGGAUGCUAACGCUGCCGCCGCUGCUCAGGCCGCUCCUGCUGCUGCUGCCGUUGAGGCUGCAGAGGCCGCUCCCGUUGCGGCCGCCGCCCCCACGGCCGUUGCCUAA